AAAACUCUAAUGAGACACUUGAUGCAAGUUUGUACGUUUCUCGAGCAGUGCUUGCACCGGCGCGCACCAAAACGCACCACCGGCUCCACUGCUCUUUGUCACCACUGGAUUUAAACUCAUUCCCCUACCUAACGCGCUACCACCGGCAAUACCAAAAGAAAUUUUAUAUUCCAAGGAAGCUUUUAAUUCCUCCAAACUCGCCUGUGACUGAGAAAUGAAUCAUAAAGCGCUUUUACUGUGGAUUUUCCUACAGUGUGCUGCUGCGCUCUUCUCAUCCGCUGUUGGGGAAAACGCUGUUCUUAAAGGUGAAGACGGUGAAUUGGAUGGACUGCCAACAGACAGCAAAGCUCUCAGUGGCCUUGUCAAGUACAACAUGAGGAAGAAUUUAGAUCUGGACCAGGAUGGCUGCUACCUGCAGGCUGGGAAGAAGGAGUGUCUAGAGGAGUGUGGCUUCAACGCUACAGCCAAGACCAUCUUCAUCAUCCAUGGCUGGACGAUGAGUGGGAUAUUUGAAAGCUGGAUGUACAAGCUGGUCUCUGCAGUGAUGCAGCGAGAGAGCGAUGCCAAUGUGGUUGUUGUUGAUUGGAUAGCCAUGGCUCAGCAGCUGUACCCCGACGCAGUAAACCACACCCAUGAUGUCGGCCUCAGCAUCGCCGAAAUGCUCAACUGGCUUCAGGAUGAGCAGCAGUUGCCUUUGGAGAAAGUGCACCUGAUUGGCUACAGUUUGGGCGCUCAUGUGGCUGGUUAUGCUGGAACAUAUGUGCGAGGGACCAUUGGCAGAAUCACUGGUCUAGACCCAGCAGGACCAAUGUUUGAGGGUGUAGAGGAGAGGAAGCGCCUCUCCCCUGAUGAUGCCGCCUUUGUGGACGUUCUGCACACGUACACUCGAGAGGCUUUGGGUGUGAGCAUCGGGAUCCAGCAGCCAAUUGGGGACAUUGACAUCUACCCCAAUGGUGGUGAAGUGCAGCCCGGCUGUUCACUGGGUGACGUGUUGACAGUGGCUGGAAAUUUCAUGGAGGUGAUGAAGUGCGAGCAUGAGCGCGCUGUGCACUUGUUUGUUGACUCUUUGAUGAACAAGGAGCACAUGAGCUUCGCCUACCAGUGCACCGGCCCCGAUCGCUUCAAGAAGGGCAUCUGCCUCAGCUGCCGCAAAAAUCGCUGCAACAACAUCGGCUACAAUGCCAGGAAGAUGCGCAAGAGGCGCAACAGUAAAAUGUAUCUGAAGACACGUGCUGACACUCCAUUUGGAGGCUACCACUAUCAGAUGAAGAUGCACGUGUUCAACAGAAAAAAGUUUGACAAUGCAGAUCCCACCUUCCAUGUCAAGUUGUACGGAGCCCAGAAUGAUACAGAGAAGAUAUUUGUCGAUGUCCAUGAUGAGACUAUUGGUCUGAACCUGACCAACACCUUCUUGGUGUUCACUGAGAAGGAUAUUGGUGACCUGCUGAAGAUCAGUCUGAGCUGGGAAGGAGAAGCCGAAUCCUGGAACUCUGUCUGGAAGAACAUUAAGAAGACGUUCUGGGCCUGGAACGCCAAGCCUCCCAAACCUGUGCUGGAAGUCCGGCGGAUUCGCGUGAAAGCUGGGGAAACGCAGAAGAAGUUUACGUUCUGUGCCCAAGAUCCUGCAAAAACCCAAAUUUCACCAGGGGACUCCAUAACUUUCCUGAAAUGUCGUGAUGGCUGGGAAGUGAAGCCAAGAAAAAGGGUGCCCAUGUAACAACUCUACACUUUCAACAACAAAUGCACCAUCACCAUGGGGGACCCAACAUGGAUCAGCGAGAAGCUCUGCCUUCUCUUUAUAUGAGCACUUUUUGUAGGAGGAAGAUUGAUCAGCGCACGGUGGGAGGGGCUCUACCAGAAUCUUGACUGCACCUGGAAGGUCUCCAUCGGUUUCUGGAGACAAGGACUCUGGGGGUCUGUCCAGCGUAUACCAGACGGCUGGAAAAUGUUGCGCCGGCUGGAAGCAAAGGACAGUCCAAAAUGUGUUGAUUGCCCAUGGAGUUACAGAACGUUCCUUUGUGUGGACUAGUGAGGUAGAAUACAGAUCUGUGCCAGUGGACAUACACCAGCAAUUGUAGUCGCUGUACUGUACAUUUUAAAAUAUUUUUUUAUUUAUAAGAAAAAUGGAAGCACUGCAAGACCAACGUUAUUUAUCAGAGCACAUCCUACAAUGAAGCAUAUGUUGAAUGAAUUUCUCCUAGAUGCAGUAUUUUGUGUGAGUGUGUGUAUGUGUAUUGUGUGGGUGUUUGUUUGUGACCAAGAAGUGUGCCUUUCUGCUGAGAGAUUACUGAAACACUGUAUAACUGAUGGAGAUACCUGAUCUCAUUGCACACAGUUUUGUGCAUCGUGUUACUGUUACUGUAUGUGGCUUACUUUGGGGGUGUGUUCAUGUACAUACUGUAAAUAACUUUUUGGAAAAAUAAA